UUGCAAGAUUUAAUAAUUACACAAGUGACAAUUUGAAGCGUAUUUGAAGAAUGGCUAAAAUAAUGAUAAUCCUCGCUGUUUGCGUUGCCCUAGCAAUGGCGCAUCCAGAUGGUUAUGGUGGUCGUGGAGGAAUUGGUGGCGGUCAAGGUGGUUACGGUGGUGGUAGUCUAGGCGGACACGGUGGUGGUGGUGGUUACGGUGGCGGUGAAGGCGGCUUUGGUGGACAAAGCGGUGGUGGUUAUGGUGGCGGUCUAGGCGGAUAUGGUGGACAAGGUGGUGGUAGUGGUUAUGGCGGCAGACAAGGCGGACAUGGUGGUGGUGGCAGUGGUGGUGGAUACGGUGGUAGCGGCCGUGGUGGAUAUGGUGGCGGUGGCUACUAAAACUUUUCUAAGGCUAUAAA